AUGGAUUCUCAAACAUAAGGCGGGCCAUCGCUUAAAUCACUUAGGAAAUCUCCCUUUGAGAUUAUGUAGUUCUAAAAAGAGUGGGAUGUAGGAAAAGAUUACGAAGUAAGGAAGUAGAUUGGAUCAGGAAGCUACGGUAAUGUUUGCGAAGCAAUUCAUAAAGCUACAGGAGAAAAAGUUGCUAUUAAAAAAAUACUUAACUUAUUUCAAGAUGAAAUUGACACUAAGAGAAUGUUAAGGGAAAUACAGAUUCUCCGUUACAUGAACAAUAGCAACAUUGUCAAGUUAUAUGAUAUUAUAGAACCUAGUGAUCCUUUGAAGUUUAAUUCUCUCUUUCUGGUAUUAGAGUAUGCGUAGUCAGACUUAAAAAAAGUUCUUAAACAAUCUAUGUUUUUGACGGAGCUUCAUGUAUAGACAAUCAUAUAUAAUUUACUAGUGGGACUGAAAUUCAUGCAUGAAUCUAAGAUAAUUCAUAGAGAUAUCAAACCAGGCAAUAUAUUAAUAAAUGCAGAUUGCAGUAUCAAAAUUUGCGAUUUUGGGUUAUCAAGAUCUAUUGAUGGUGUUACGGGAAGCAAAUCUUUAAUCAAAGAAGAAAUAAAAAAAGAUUCUUAAUUGCAGGAGUAGUUCUCUCCUCCAACUAAGAAAAAUUUUGAUAAUUUCUCUACAAGAUAAGUAUCAUUAGAUGCCUAAUCAUUAGAACCCCUUCCUCUUUCAUAAUAGCAAAGUUCAAAUAAUAGCGAAUAAGAUCAAAAUAUAAUAGAUGAAAUUAAUUAACAACAACAUUAAAAAUCUCCACAAACUCCUAAAUCACAAUAUAUUGAUGAGGUUUUUAAUUCUUAAUCACAAAGUCCUGAAAAAAGAAAAGUCCUAUGCGAGUUGCUCAUUUAAACUAAGGACUUGAGAAAAAAUUUAAAAAGACAACUAACUGGCCAUGUUGUCACUCGAUGGUACAGAGCUCCUGAAUUAAUCCUUUUAGAGAAGGACUACGGAGAACCAAUAGAUGUUUGGGCUAUUGGUUGCAUCUUUGCAGAGCUACUCACUAUGAUGAGGGAAAAUGUAGCAAAUCAUAAUGACAGACAAGCUCUUUUCCCUGGCAAGUCUUGCUUUCCUUUAUCACCAGAUAAAACUCCAGGACCUAUUUAGGUUAAUAAAAGGGGUUUUAGAAUUAGUUAAGGAGAUUAAUUAAGCAUGAUAUUUGAUGUUAUCGGGACACCGAAUGAAGAAGAGAAGUCCUUUAUAACAGAUAAGAAAGCUUUAGAUUAUUUAGACUCUUUUGAUCCUAAACCUCGAGCUGAUCUCUCUAAAAGAUUCCCUGCCUCCAGCGAAUAAGCAAUGGAUUUCAUGUUUAAAAUGCUGACUUUUAAUCCAUUUUUGAGGCCUACUAUCUAAGAAUUAUUAGAUCAUCCAUAUCUAAAGACAAUAUCAGACUACUAUAAAGAAGAACUAAAAGCCUAAAUAAUAAUAAAUAAACAGAACUAGCUAUCUACUGAAGAGCAGGAAAAGUUUUUUCAAUACGAAAAAGAGCAAGAAACAUUAAACUUUGAGAAACUAAGACGCUUAUUUUUGCAAGAAAUAGAUCACUUUAAGAAAUAAAAAAGCCUAAAUGAAAAUCAUUUUCAAAAGGUGAUAAAAAAUCAAAUUAUGGAACAGCUACAGUAGCAACAGGAAUUGCAUAAGGAUAAAGUUAAUAAUGAUUAGAAUAAAGGUUAUGAGGAGAACAAGCAGAGUAGUUAACAGCAAUAGGACAUCUGA